UGCCCGAAAGCAAAAGAAGAGUCUCUCGGCUUUCACGUGGUCAUCUGUGUAUUUUCACCGAUUUCAAACGUUCUUUUUGCCAACAUGAGUCACACCAUUCUUCUGAUCCAACCCAGUGCAAAGCCAGAAUCCAGGACAUACUCUGAUUAUGAAACUAAAGAUGAGUGCAUGGAAGGAGUCUGCAAGAUAUUUGAAGAGUACCUUAAAAAGUCCAACCCAAGCACGCCAUCAAUCACAUAUGACAUCAGCCAACUGUUCGAUUAUAUCGACAACCUGACUGACCUGUCUUGUUUGGUACAGCACCCAAAGCAGACAUCUUUGUAUGAACCACACAACAAGGAAUGGAUUAAAGAAAACAUUUAUAUCAUGUUAAGAAAGCAAGCUGGCAAAUGACAGGUCUUUGUGAAGAUCAGCACUCUUUUGUUUCCCCUUAUUUUUAUUGUAAUACAACUCUGGAUUGUGUGACAACCCAUGGGCUGAAUGUGUAGGUGGAAUGCCAACAUGCUGUGACUUCCGUGGAUGUCUUGUUCUUCUUGCACAUGUAGGGGAAAUAUUUUCUGUGAAGUGUGUGUAAACACCUUUUCUGGAGAAAGACUUUUCCCUGGGACACUUUCACUUUUAUAGCAAGAUUAAUUACAUUUCAAGAAGCUCUUUUCCUUUCACCUUUUUCUUGUAAUCUUUUUCUAGCAAUAUCAUCCACUUCAAUAAAGUUUUGUGUAUUUGAAAAACAAAACUAUUAAAGUUUGUGCUGCAAUGUUUUUUUUUUUUAUUUGGCCCAUUUGAGUAUUGGAAGUAUGUUUUCAGGACCUGCCUGUAAUACUAAUAUGAGGCCGAAACUCUUUACAUGACAAGGCAAAGAAGUGUUCAUUAAUACCCCAUACUUUUCUGUAAGGUUAACAUGGGAAAACAAAGUCUUGUUAGUAGCAUUCUUAUGGUCAAUUAAAAUAAAUAAACAUUAAAAAAAUA